CGGAAGUGGCUGGUGUGUUGUUGUGAUGGAGCAGCUAGGCAGCUGUCACUGCGGUAGGACAGGUACCGCUUUGUGAGGCAGUGAAACGGACGUCCUGAUUUCCGGUUAUGUCGGUAAUUAACUUCAGAAGCUGAACAUUCAGGUUUGAUUCCAGAUCAUACAGACCCCGUUCGCAAAACCGCUCCAGAGCCGCGCCGACAUGAACACCAAAAUCUUGAGUAACAAGCUGGGAAUAAGACCCGGUCCUGCCAAACCUGAUCCCAAUUUGGAGAAACUCAAGAAAGAAAACGCAGCCUUGAAAAGGUCCCUGGAUGAGUCCAACCAUGCGAAAGGGAAAAUGUCCGAUGCGGAGAGGAGCAAACUUCUGGAGAAAAUUCUAGAGCUGGAAACUUUGAAGGAGAAAAAUGCCCAAGAGAUUCGGAGCCUGAAAGACGCGCUGAAAUCUAAACUGAAUGAGAAUAUCGUAGCUGCUGAACAGGAUGCCAGAAAAGUGGAGAAACUCGCUCAAAAUUUCCGGAAGCAAACGGCCGCGCUUAUAGACUCCCAGGGUUCUACAAAAGAAGGGGAGAAUUUGAGCGUCCUCGAGGGCCAGUUGAAAGAUGCUUUAGAGAAGAACCAGCAGUGGUUGGUGUACGACCAGCAGCGAGAGACCUACGUUCAGGGUUUAAUGGGUCGAAUCUUUGAACUGGAGCAGCAGCUGGCAAACUUCAACCAAACUCUACAACAGCAAGCCAAGGAGGCAACUUCUGAAGGAAAGCAGGAUGAGAAGCAGAAAUAUUAUGACCGGCUCUUACUGACCGCGAAGAAAGAUCUCGAAGGAGAGAAGAAACUGACGGCCCAGCUGAACGCUGAGCUCUCUGCCGUAAGGGUUAAAUACGAGGAGAAAAAGAGAGAGGCAGAGGGUUUGUCGGCAUCGCUGCAGUCGGUGCGUGAAAGCGAGCGGCAGCAAAGCGAAGAGGAGCAGAGACGCAUGAAGGACAAAAUGCAGAGGCUGAAGAUGGAGCUGGAGUUAUACAGAGAGAAAGCUGAGGAAGAGAAGAACAAAUCUAGGGAGCUGACGAACCAGAUUCAAGUGAUGCAGAAGUCCUUACUGAAGUACCAAGAGGACCAGCAGCGAGUCUCCGCAUUGGAAUAUCAGAUUCAGAGGUGCACUGAAGACUUUGACAACGAGAAAGCCGACCGCCAGAAAGUUCAGCACCAACUCCAUAAAGUCCUCAAGGAGCUGCGUAAAGCACGGGAGCAAAUGGCAAAGCUGGAGCCGUCCAAACCCCUUCACGACGGCUGCUGCAUCGACCCGACCGCCAACUUCCACGCUGACUUUGAAGACAAACUGACCUUCCGAGAGCAAUACCCAAAACACAGAAACCCCCUGGACGAAAGCUUCCUGGAGUGCCCCAACUGCAGAGCCGUUUAUCCUACGAGCCAACACCGAGAGCUCCUGGCCCACAUAGACUACUGCACCAGAUGAGCACCAAGAAAACCUCCUCUCCUGGGUGGCGGCUCUAACUUUCUACACUCCUUCUUAUUAUACAUUAUUACGAUAAGCAUGACUCCAUCUUACGGGUUCAUUGUCCACUCCAUGCAAGAGAUAAUUAGACUUAAGAGGGAUUGAUGUUUUGGUGUAAAAGUCCAUUUAUGU